AUGGACUUCAAUUACGAGACGCAAGUUGCAUCCUCUCAGCGCAUGUACACCGCGCGGGCCGACAAAUACGAGGACUCGUUCCACCCGGACUACACCAAGCGCUUCAUGGCCGUUGCCGACGUCCGGCCCGGCGAACACGUCCUGAUUCUAGCCUGUGGCACUGGCUUGGAGGUCUUCGCCGCCGCCGAAAGAGUGGGCGAGGAGGGCGAGAUCAUCGGCGUCGACGUCACGGAGGCCAUGCUCGCCAAGGCGAGGGAGAAGCAAGGGCGCCUCAACCCCAGCACGAGGAUUCGGCUCUUCAACCACGACGCGACGAGGCUGGAGACGCUGCCGGAGCUCGAUGGACAGGCGUUCGAUGUAAUUCUCUGCUCCAGCGCGUUCGUCCUCUUUGACGACCCGGGAGAGGUCGUCAGGUCGUGGCGCAGAUACCUUAAGCCGGAUGGCAGACUAGUCGUCGACGUCACGCACGAGGACAACCUCAAGGUCGGGUUGCUGCUGGAGCGCGCGGCGAGGCGUCUGGGCGCGCGGUUCCCGAGCAACAGGUCCUGGAUCACGGACAGGAACUCGUUUUCGGGGGUCCUUGAGGGAGCAGGGUACGUCGUGGAAAGGGUACAGCUGAUAGACAAGUUGUCCGGUCAGGGCGACACGACAUACGGCAUGGACCAGGUUGAUGAGCAGUUUGACUGGAUCACGGGAACCUCGCUGACUGUCAACCUCGCGACGGAGGAGUUCAAAAGGAAGACGAGGGAUCUGUUCCGAGAGGAAUGGGAGAAGGCUGCAGUCGAUGGCAAGGUUGUGAACGUGGAUGCCGUGUAUGUCUAUGUAGCUCGAAGAGCGUGA